AUGGCUCACUUUGUAAAGAUUGGCAACCGAUACUUCUAUAUCGAGACAAAAGCUAAGCAAAAUUGGUUGAAGGCUAAGGAAUCCUGCCGUGAAUUGGGCGGCUAUUUGGCAUCCAUUAAAAGUGAAGAGGAAUUCGCAGAACUCGAUCAAAAGCUAAUUAAACCCGAACACUACUGGCUCGGCAUUAACGACAUGGAUAAUGAGGGCAAAUUCGUUUCAGAUGCCUCCGGGAAAACGGCAACAUUUUUGCCCUGGCAAAGCAAGCAGCCUGACAACUUCAGAAACAACGAGGAUUGCGUUAAUAUCUCGUCCAUCGCAUAUCUACGGAAAACUAUGAACGAUCUCCCCUGUGAGGAGGAACAUUACUUCAUUUGCCAAUUUGACAAUAAAAUUUAG